AUGGAUCAGGGAACCACCGAACGACUUAAUCAGUCAGACUGGGGCUUCUGGCAUGGCCUACUCCUAGCUGGGCAUCCGAGCGGCUGGAAACGUCGAACUCCUUCUCAGCUUGGAACACUGCUGGAAAACCUCCGCUGUACUUCGCAGUUCGACACCAAGAGUCGCGAUGAGGCGGCAGAUCAUCACGGUGGCACAACGUUGAUGCUGUAA